ACAAUAGUUGUAUAAGCCAGUAAAAAUUUCAAAGGAAAAAUGAAAGUUUCUUUUCCUUGUCAGCUUUACCUGUUUGCUCUGUAAAUUUGUUCCAAAAUCUGUUGUUUUGACUACGUAAUCGAUAAAAGAUUUAUAUUGGCAAGAUAACUCUUUAAAAAUGAAUUAUGUCGAAUUUAUUAUUGCUUAUAACUUAGAAAAUAUUACAUUCUUUUUAUAUGAAGAUGAAUUCCAAUAGUAAAAACUUGUGCAAGCUAUUUGAAACAGUUUUUCAUAAUAUUCUGUAUAUUAAUCAAGUUUAUGUAAAGAGUUCUUUUGAAUGUUUUAAUUUGCUUAAUACUCCGAUAUGGCAAUGUAUUCAUCCUGGUGUUUGUAAAUAUUUUUACAACUUUCUUUCUACUGCAGAGGAGCAUCUUAGUAAAGGAACACCUCUAAAAAUAGUUUUUGAGCUUAAAAAAUGUCCGGACAUAAUUCUGGACGAAUAUGUGUUUCAUGUACAUCCUAAGCAAAUUGAAAUGGACAGUUUUGAGCUUGAGAGAAAUAUUGUGGACAUAGUACAAUCAUUAGAAGCAGUUACUUUGGAAGAAGGAGUACAAACUCUUAAAUCAAAUGAAGAAUUUACAUAUUCGUUGAAAAUUUGUGAAGAAGAUUCAAAUAUUCAAUUACCCAUUAUAGACCCAAACUCAUCAGUUGUUUUUGUAAACUCACAUGAAGAAGAGGGCCCAAGAAUAUUUGCAAUAAAGAGAAACAUUAAAGAUAAAGAGAAUGAAACAUGACAGAAUUUGUAUUCAUUUGUGUUGGUAUUUAGUAAUAUUUAUACUCAUUUGGACACAUUAUAUCAUGUCUCAAAUCAAGAUUUCUAUGAGUGGACGAAAUUAGAUUAAUCCAAUUUGUAAUCUUAUUUUUAAAUCGCAUACACACACUGCAUUUUAAUGUUUUUGGAAUUUUAAAACAAAGUAUGUAAAAUUGGACAAAUAUUUUAAUAAAUAAAUCAUAUUUUAAUCGAAAAA